CGGUUGUCAGUGUUGAAAAUUAGAAACACGGAACUUAUAUAAAGUUACAGAACAAAUCAAAGUUUUAUAGAUAGCUCUCACAGUUUCUCAUUUUCUCACUAGUAGCUCAAAUCUCUCUCACACAAAACCUAGAAAUUUCAAAGCCAAUUCAUAGCUCUCAAUCAUGGAAAUUUCGAAGCUCUAGGUCAUGACAAUUGCAUAGCUAUUGGUCUCUCAAUGCGGUGGCUCUGUCUCAUCGUCACUCACAAAAUCGAAGUCAAAGUCUUCUGUCAACUCCUCUACUCUUCGCCUACCUCGUCUAAUCUCCCCCAAUUUUCUAGGGUUUCAAGCUCAAUCGCCACCGUGACAUGAAGAUCAUUUUUGCCUGAUUUGUCUUGAUUCUUCAAUGGAUGAAAAUUUGAGUCUACUACAAAGGAUGGUCAAGCUAACAAAGUGAGAUUGAAUUUAUUAAUGUAAUUGUUCCAGCAGUUUUUUCACUAUUUGUGGGAUUGAAAGCUAGAACGCUUGUGAGUUCAAAUUACAAGUGCUUGGUAUGAUGUAGAUGUGUUCCUUGCCCACAGAUUUCUUUCGGGUGAAAUUAGAUACUGGUAUUGGAAUGACCAAAGAAGAGCUCAUUGACUGUCUUGGAACUAUUGCUCAGAAUGGUACUUCAAAGUUCUUAAAGGCUCUGAAGGAAAAUAGGGAUCUUGGAGCAGACAAUGGUCUGAUUGGUCAAUUUGGUGUGGGGUUCUAUUCUGCCUUUCUUGUUGCUGAGAAGGUUGUCGUAUCUACAAAGAUCCCUAGAUCAGAUAAGCAAUAUGUUUGGGAAUCUGUUGCUAACAGUAGCUCGUAUAUGAUUGAGGAAGAAACUGAUCCUGAAAAGUUCCUACGUCGUGGAACACAAAUCACACUCUAUUUACGGGGACAUGACAAGUAUGAAUUCUCAGACCCAGCUAGGAUUCAGGGUUUGGUAAAGAAUUACUCUCAAUUUGUUUCCUUCCCCAUUUAUACAUGGCAAGAAAAAUCAAGGACUGUUGAGGUGAGACGCCUUAAAUUAUUCUGUGUGUCAGGAAAGGUUAUUUGGGAGAUUGAAAAUUUUAGAUCUUGGCAUACUUUUGUCUGUCCAAUUGUAAAACAAUUAGCUACCUGUUUUUUAAACAACACCCAAGAUGGAAGUUAAAGGUUAUAAGAACCUUCUAUUUUGAAGGGUAGAUGAACAAUGUAAAUUCAAGAGUGUAAAGGGUAGUUGAGUUGUAUUGACUCUUACAGUUUGUUUCAAGUUAUUAAAUUUUGAUUAAUGUGAAA